AUGACGAGCACUUCAGGCUCCGAUCCCAAUUACAACAUCCCGUUUGCUGCAUCAAACGUAAAUCUUCCGAGUUACACUCAAAGCCCAAGGAGAAAACGCACUAAACUCUCCACCAACGAAACCGCGUCUCCUUCUUCUCCAAAGAGGACUAAACGGGCCAAGAAACCAGACCCUAACGCUCCAAAGAUCACACCACCAUGCACCGAAUGCGGCAGAAAGUUCUGGUCGUUGAAGGCUCUCUUCGGUCACAUGAGAUGUCACCCUGAGCGUCAAUGGCGUGGCAUCAACCCUCCUCUUAACCACCAACGAACCGUCACGUCAUCACCAUCGCGGCUUACAUUGGAGCAAGAUCAACACGUAGCCUCUUCUCUGCUAUUAAUGGCUAAUGGCUGGAAUUUUUCCCCCGGUUUAAGUGGCGGAGGAGUGGAAGGACGGUUCGAGUGUGUAGUUUGCAAGAAAGUGUUUGGAUCACUUCAAGCGUUAGGUGUUCAUAGAGCAACGCAUAAAGAUGUCAAAGGAUGUUUGGCCAUUACAAACCCAACCGAAGUUGCUGUUAAUCAUCCUCCUCCUCGUCAAGAGAUCGUUGAUCAAGAUCAUAGGAGCAAGAGGUUGAAGUUGGUCUCAGGGCUUAUUCAUAAAUGUAACAUCUGUUUUAGAGUGUUUUCGAGUGGGCAAGCUCUAGGUGGUCACAUGAGAUGUCAUUGGGAGAGAGAUCAAGAGGAGAAGAAGAACCAAGAUUCUACUGUUAUCGAUCUUAAUGUUCCUGCUGCAGCGACGGUACAGAACUUGCCCUCUUCUUCUUCAGACACAUUGUCGGAGUGUUCGUUAGAUCUUACGUUGGGACUUUGA